AUGCCGUCCGAAAUGCACGGCCUCAAGGCCGCCGACAUCCACGCCAAGAUCCGCCUCCUCAUCGACGGCAUGGUCAACAUCAAGGACACGACGGGCGAGUUCCUGCUCCGGCUCGAAGACGGCCGCGUCAUCGACACCAAGGGCUGGAACGACUGGGAGUGGACGCACGGCAUCGGCCUGUACGGCAUCUGGAACUACUACCAGCUGACGGGCGACGACGCCUGCCUGCGCAUCAUCGAGGACUGGUUCCGCGACCGCUUCGCCGCCGGCGGCACCACCAAGAACAUCAACACCAUGGCCGUGUUCCUGACCCUGGCCCUCGUCUACGAGAAGACGCGUAACCCGACCUACCUGCCCUGGCUCGACGCCUGGGCCGAGUGGGCGUACCACGACCUGGGCCGCACCCGCUUCGGCGGCAUGCAGCACACCACCUACAACAUGCGCAACGACGAGCAGCUGUGGGACGACACCCUCAUGAUGACCGUCGUGCCGCUCGCCAAGAUCGGGCUGGUGCUGGACCGCCCGCACUACGUGGCCGAGGCCAAGCGCCAGUUCCUCAUCCACCUGCGCUACCUAUUCGACACCCGCACCGGCCUCUUCUUCCAUGGCUGGACCUUUGAGGACGGCGGCCACAACUUUGCCCGCGCCCUGUGGGCCCGCGGCAACAGCUGGCUGACCAUCGUGCUGCCCGAGUUCAUCGAGCUGCUCGACCUCGAGCGCUCCGACCCCCCGCUGUACCACCACCUGCGCGACGCCCUGCUGGCCCAGUGCGAAGCUCUCGCACCGCUGCAGCACCCGGACACGGGGCUCUGGCGCACCCUGCUUGAUGUGCCCGAGGACCAGGGGUCGUAUCCCGAGACGAGCGCGACGGCCGGCUUCGCCUUCGGCAUGCUCAAGGCCCAGCGCAAAAAGUACAUUGCCGGCGACGCCUUUGAGGCCACGGCCGUGCGCGCCCUCAAGGGCGUGCUUGCAAACAUUGACGACAAGGGCGAGCUGCGCAACACCAGCUUCGGGACGGCCAUGGGCCACGACCUUCAGCACUACAAGGACAUCCCCAUCACUAGCAUGCCGUACGGCCAGGCCAUGGCCAUCAUGGCGCUGGUAGAGUUUCUGCGCGUCUUCAUAUAG